AUGCAAUAUACUUUAUUACUUGAUCCUUCAUGUUACCAUUCAUUCGCUUGUUACCUAGCCUCUGCACAAUUCAACUUCCCGGCGAAAAUAGAAAUUGCAGCUGAUGUCAAUAUAGAAAAUAGAUUAGUUUCAGAAGAAUAUAAUUUAUCAAAAUUCAAAGAUAAAAAAUUGCAAAUAGCAACGUUAGACACCAAGCCAGUAUUGAUUGUUAACAUUGGUAAUGAUCUGAUUAAGAUCAAGGGCAUUAGGGCAAUACUGCUAUACAUAUAUCGCUACACUAUUAAGGAUAUUGAUAAUUUUUACAACAUAUACCACUAUUUUGAUCUGCUGGAAAGGUUGGAGGCUUUGCUUACCGGUGUAAACAAAUUGCACAUUGAUAAUAUCCUCCAGAAAUUGGAUGAUCAUUUAUCAACUUCCGAUUAUCUAUUAGAUAAAAUUACACCCGUUGAUAUAUAUCUUUACUCAAUGUUAUCAGCAAUGCACAAUUUUCAUUGGAAAAAUUUAUCAAAAUUUCAUUCAAACCUACACAUGUUUGCAAAUCACUUAUCAAAGUUUAAAUUGACGCAACAAUUUUACGAUUAUUCCACACAACCCUAUGAUAAUCUUUCAGUGGACAUUAAGAAAUGUAAAAACUAUUACAUUGCAACCGCCAUCGCCUACACAAAUGGACUACCUCACCUGGGUCAUGUAUAUGAAAUGAUUAUAUCCGAUGUUAUUGCAAGAUACCAUUCGAUUAUAGGCAAAAAUGUUUUAUUAGGUGUAGGAUCUGAUGAGCAUGGGCAGAAAAUUGCAAACACCGCUUCAAAACAUGGAAAAUUACCCAUUGAAAUUUGCAAUGAAUAUCAAAGUAAAUUUGUCGAGUGUUACAAAAGUAUGAAUGUAGAUUAUAGUAUUUUCACCCGAACAACCAGUGAUAAACACAAAAAAUUGUGCCGUUUUAUGUGGGAGAAAAUUAAGAAUAAGGGGGAUAUAUAUUUGAAUAGGUAUAGGGGUUGGUACAAUGAAAGGGAGGAGACAUUUAUAGCCCCAAAUGAAGCAAAAUUAAAUGAUUAUAAGGAUCCACAGAACGGAAUGCCAUAUCAAAUUAUGGAGGAGGAAUCAUAUUUCUUCAGAAUGUCAAAAUAUCAACAUAAAUUAAUAGAGUACAUUGAUUCAAACCCUCACUUUAUCCAGCCCGAAAUUAGAAGAAAUGAUAUUAUUGCCAGGCUUAGUGUACCUUUGGAAGAUUUGUCCAUCAGCAGAACCAGUUUUUCUUGGGGAAUAAAAGUCCCCGACUCUGAUAAUCACAUAAUGUACGUCUGGUUCGAUGCUUUACUCAAUUACAUAACUGCGGUAUCCGAUAAUGAUUGUAACGUUAGUGAUUAUUGGCCUCCUGAAAUGAUAAUAAUUGGCAAAGACAUUUCCUGGUUCCAUUCGGUAAUCCUAUCUACUAUCUUAAUGGCGGCUGAUUUGCCCCUACCAAAAUCUAUUAUAUGCCAUGGAUUCAUCCAUGCUUCUGAUGGAAGAAAAAUGUCUAAAAGUUUCCAAAACGUUAUCGACCCAAUGGAGCUUCUAAUGGCCUUUCCAUGUGAUACAAUUAGAUAUUAUUUAAUAAAAUCUUGCAUAUUAGGGCAAGAUAUCAAGUUUGGCACGGACUUUCUUACAGAUGCACAUAAUAAUGAAUUGUCCGAUUGCAUUGGGAAUUUGGUGCACAGAGUCACUGGAUUAUGUGCAAAAUUUUGUGAUUCCAAAGUGCCAGAAAUAAACACGAGUGUGACUUUGCAAAAGCCAUUCCAGGUUAUGAAGGUUUUGAAUAAAAUUCAAGAUUUUUAUGCCAAAAACGAUCUAUAUAAUGCUACAAAUUUUGCAGUAGAUGCAUGGCGAGAAACUAAUAAAUAUUUGACUAAUAUUUCCCCAUGGUCUAUCAGCGAUAAAUGCAUACAAAAUGAAGCGAUCCGUGUUCUACUUAAUUCCAUAUACAUUCUGGCUCAUUUGAUCUAUCCGGUAAUCCCUGAAUCUUCAAAUGAAAUAUUUGCCAGAUUACAUACCCCAAAACGUAUGUUGUCUAAAUUAUCUCCUUGGUUUGACAAUUUGGCAUCCGGAACCAAAAUUGAAGUUAGGGACGUGUUAUUUACGAAAAUUACCUAA